UACCGACACAUCUUUUGAUCUUAUGGAUGUAACAUAACCUUAGAUAAUUUAAGUUUAUUAUUGUUGAUAAAUUAACACAAAUAUUUUUUAUUAAUAAUAAUUUUAUUCGGUACUUAUAAAAUAAACUAAACAGAGUAGAAAAAACACCAUGCCAUACCAAUAUAUCGGUCGUACAACAGACUUCUGUGGCAAACCAUUAUGGGAAAUAUUAGGAAACUUGAAAAAUUAUGGUGUAGGACGACUUGUUAUUAGAAAUAGAUUUACACGUUAUCCUGAACCUUGUUACUAUAAAAUAUUAAAAGUUGCUGCACUUCCAAAUCCAGUAAACAAAAUUAGGCCUACUUUUAUUAAUAAUAUACUUGAGCGUUCAUGUAUAGCUCUUUGUGAAAAAGUUUUCCGAGGAAAAAAAUUUCAUUUACUUGUUCAAAUAGAUGGAGCGUCUUACAAAGCUGAUUAUCAAUUAGUACCAAAAGAUGAAGAAUAUAAAUAUUUAAAUGCAACAACAUCAAAACCAGAAGUUAUUUAUUCAAAGACUAUGGAACUUCCCCCAUUGUUGCGAGAAAUUGCAAUUAGAAAUAUGAAAGCUAAAGGACAAACAGUAACUCAAGAGCCGGAAAUGGAUAUUGUUUAUAAUCAAAUGGGAUUUAAAUUUUACAGGAUUGCAAAAGAUGGUGAAAAACCAACUUUUACACCAAAAAUCGGACUUGGAAAACCACUAUGUCCACGAUUAUAUGCUAACUGUAAACCAAUAUAAAUUUCUAAAUAUUUUUAAGUUUGUACGAAUAAUUAAAAAAAUAUAUAUUAUUAUAGAUAAAUAUA